AUGAUGAGCACUCUACCAACAUCAAAUAUAAAUUUGUUUAGUUCAAAUUAUGGACAAAACCUUUUGGACCUGACAACCACAAUGCCUCAAAAGGAAAUGUCUGAUUGGGCAUACGCAGCCACAGCUACUGUGCUAUUUUUUAUAGGAUUUUUUGGAUUUUCACUCAAUCUCUUUGUGAUUGUUCUCAUGUGUAAAGAUAUACAAAUUUGGACACCAAUAAAUAUCAUCCUAUUAAAUUUAGUGUGCAGCGAUUUUUCAGUCAGCAUCAUUGGUAAUCCUUUUACUCUCACCUCAGCGAUUUAUAAGAAAUGGAUAUUUGGUGAUACAAUCUGCGUCUUUUACGGAUUCUUCAUGUCCCUUUUAGGAAUAACAUCAAUAACAACUUUAACUGUUUUAUCGUACGAACGUUAUUGUUUGGUAUCACGUCCAUUUUCAUCAUCCCAAUUGACGUAUAGAGGUGCACGUUUUGCCAUCAUUCUAAUCUGGCUUUAUUCGUUCGCUUUGACUUCACCACCGCUUUUUGGUUGGGGGAAAUACAUUAAUGAAGCUGCUAAUAUAAGUUGUUCUGUGAAUUGGGAAUCACAAACUCUCAAUGCAACAUCUUACAUCGUCUUUUUAUUCGUCUUUGGCCUUGUUGUUCCUGUCGUAAUCAUUGUUUAUAGUUACAUAAGAAUCAUUCAGACUAUGAGAAAUAAUGCUAUGAGAAGCGGACGUGUAAAUAAAGUAGAAAGACGGGUUACGACCAUGAUUUUUGUGAUGAUAAUAGCUUUUUUGCUAGCAUGGACGCCUUACAGCAUAUUCGCACUUAGUGAACAAUUUGGAGAUCCAGAACUGAUAACCCCAUCACUAGCAGUAUUACCGGCAUUGAUUGCUAAGUCAAGUAUCUGUUAUAAUCCCCUCAUUUACGUUGGAAUGAAUUCUCAAUUUCGAGCGGCAUGGAUUCGAAUUUGUCAGAAAGAAAGUGCCCAAGAAGCAAUUAAUGAAACAACAGCUCAUCAAUUAUCUGAAAUGAGUAGCAGAGCUUACAUAGAUUGUUCAUUUCCGAAAUUUGAUAAAAUUAAAAAAAGUCAAGCGCCGAAAGAAAGAAACAUCCGUCACGAAAACCGCUUAGGCUUGAAGAAAACCCAAUUAGAGGAAACUUUAAGUGUUAAGAAUAAUAAGAAGAAUGUAAAUAAUAACUUAUUUAAAUUGAACAGAAACACUUCAACCGGUAUGAGCAACGAAAUAAAUUUUUCCGAUGUAAAGCUGAUUAACUUUUCAAAAGAAGUUAGUAAUAGAAGUGAGAAUCGUUAUGAACAAAGAAUGUUUCCGACUGAGCCUAAUAUUUAUGGAAGAACAAUCAAUCAAACUUUAAGUGUUAAUAGUCUUCAAGCGGAGUUGUUCUAA